CCAAACCAAAACAGGAAUAGAGUACUUUCGAGGGGGCUUUCAAAAUGGCCACCGAGGACAGUUUCAGUUACCUCUUCUUGGGCCACAGCGAGAAGCACAGAAGGGCCCGAAACUGGACUGAUGCGGAGAUGAAGGGGCUCCUGUACGUCUGGGAACAGAACGUCGCCGAGCUGAAGAAAUGCAAGAGGAAUACUAAGAUCUAUGAGAAAAUGGCCCAGAGGUUCUUCGAGCUCACGGGAGAACAGCGCCACCGGGAGGAGAUCAAGAUGAAAAUCACCAAUAUGUCUUUUCAGUACAGGAAAAUGAAGUGCACGACCAAUGGGAGUGGAGGUACCCCGGACUGGCCGUACUACCAAGCCAUAGAGAAGAUCCUCACCAAGACUGCCGAUAAUGUGACUAUGAACCCAUUUGAGCUCCAGUCUUCGGGCCCCUCCACCUCCAAUGAGGCCUCGAUCUCCCAUGCGGAGGGCAUCCCCAUGGGCGUCCUUCCGGAGUACACAGGCUCCUCUGAUGAGAUGGAAAUUAGGGAGGACCUGGGUGGAUCGGAGAGCUCUGGCAGUCUGCAUUCCGGGCUUCCCUGUACUGAUUCCCACCCGGCACCGGCCAAGAGGAAAAAAGUACACCAGCACCUCUCCCUGAAGCGGUGGAAGCUGAAGGUGAUGGAGGCAAUGCUGCAGGAGCAGCGGAAGGUGAGCCGGGCGGUAGAGGAGACAUGCCGCGAGGUGCGCCGCGUCAUGCACCAGCAAAACUUCCUCCAGGUGCAGAGCCUACAGCUCCAGGAGCGCAUGAUGAACCUGCUGGAGAAGAUGAUUCAGCCACCUGCUGCCCCCAUACCCACCUGGGGUUCUGCUGCCCAGCCAGGGGUCAAAGAGCCAGGGCAGGGGUGAAGGGUCAAGGGUGAGGGAUCAAGGGGGGUGGGGGUGGUCACCCCCCUAUGGCUAUGCUAGAAAGGACCUGCUAUAUGGCACUUUUUAACAACUGAUUGAUAGCGAUUACUGACUGUAAUUGUCAAUCUCAAUCUCACCCUUAUCCCUAACCUGGACAUUUAACCCCCAGAGAGAGGGAAAAGCUUAUCAACUUGCUCAACAGUAUUGAGAGAAUAUAGAUGGUUUCGUCUUUUCUAGAAUGGCCAUCUUGUAGUUUCUGUGAGAGAGUGAGAGGUCAGGGGUGAGGGUUCCGAGGUGUACGGCUGAGGCUAGUUCUUAGACAUGUUCCACCAUUCAGAUUUGAAAGAUAUCUACAAGCUAGGAAAAUACGUGUUCACAUCGACAAAAGACAAUGUAUGUCCACAAAUUCUAUAUCUUGAUGACAAAAGGCAUGGGCAUUUGAUGUUGUAUCAAUUAUGUUUUAAUGUCUGUCCUGCUAUGGUUUUUGCAUAUCCCAACUAGCAUAGCCUACUUGUUUGAAAUGUAUGACUGAAAUAAAAACAUAUGUUCUGU